UGUACGCUCGCCACGGUUAAACGUUAUAAUGGUUUUAAGCAAGCCGAUAAACGUACUUUAAUAACAUACUGUAUACAAAUACAAAGCGAAAUACGGAAAAAAUGCCAAGCAAUUGCUCAAUUACUUAGUUAAUUGAUAAAAAAAAAACAGUUAGAAUAUAAAAAGAACCGAAUAAAAGACAAGUGAAUAAUAAUUUUUAAGUGCUUGGGAGUUAAACAAAAAAUUAAAAAUAAUUAAAAGUGAUUUUGAAAAAAUAAUAUAAAAAAAAACAUUUGAAAAAAAGUUUGCAAAAAUGUCUAGCGCCCAAGUGUCGCAACCGCCCACGUUGCAGGCGCAACAGCAUCAACAGCAGCAACAACAACAACAAAUCUCACACUUUCUCAAUCACAUUGCCGCCGCGCAACAGCAGCAGCAACAACAUCAACAAAGCGUUUCACCACAACGCAGCGAUUACCAAAAUGACAACAACACCAGCUCCACGCUAUCGCCGCGCUCACCCGCACAUUCCAGUCCCACGCAUUCAUCACAUUCACCACGCUCCGCCACAAAUUCACCACCCAACGGUGGUUACGCCACUAAUACAAGUCCUAAACCGGAAGCCAGUCAUCACGCCGUCUUACACCUGCCGCCCACCAGCAGCAACACUGGCUUGCCACUAAUUGUUGCACCAAUGCCCGCGCUGCCACACUUGCCGCCCAUGACAGCCACGACGGUGGCGAAUAGUUUGCGCGAUCAACGCAUCUUCCCGACAUUGGUCAACGCACAGGCUACACUACCGGCGCCGCAGCAGGCAACACCACGUCUCUACGAUACGUUUGCGCCCGGCUCGCUACCCGUCGGUCAUGCCGCUUUGGUGAAUGGCUGCUAUCCGAUGCCGCGGUUGCCUUUGAGCAAUGUUAUGUUGGCGCAACAAAACGCCGCUUCCGCUUCGCCGCCCGUUACAACGGCGACAACGACACAGAGUCAACCGAAGAAGUCAUUCUGCAUUGAUGCGCUGCUGGCUAAGACGCAGAGUAAUGAUGAGCCAGUGGAGAGUGGCGCUGCGAAAUCGCUGACCGAGGAUCGUUUGGCCGCGUUCCAUUAUACGCGCGAUAAUGUCGAAUUGAAUCAAGCGUUUGCCGCCGGCAUAAGCGAGCAGGAGGCGCUGCAGCGAAUACGUGAGUCGCGCGAGUAUGGUACGCCCAGUCCCGAUGGCAUGUCAAGAUCUGAAUCUCCCACAUCUUCACAUCGAUCUAGUCCGCCCAUUAGUCCCGGCUGCGAGGAUCAACAUCAUAUAGGCAUGCCAAUGGAUUUCCAUGAUGAAUUUAAGAAACCCAUUCCACCGCAUAGUCCCAUUAGACCGCAAGACUUUCCACUCUACGCCGGUGGUCAUCCUUACCAAUUGCUGGCACAAGGUGGUUCGGCGUUUCAUCGUCCACUAGAUCCAACAGGCAAACCAAUACCGUUAUCCAUGGGUCACACAUUCAUGCCUUCGCACCUUCAAUUCGAAUUUUUGGCUCGUGCCGGCAUGCUGCACCAUCGCAUACCCGAGCUGGCCGCCUAUCCGCAUCACGCCAUACUGGGUAAGACACGCCGCCCACGCACCGCAUUCACAUCACAACAGCUGCUCGAACUCGAAAAGCAAUUCAAGCAAAACAAAUAUUUAUCCCGCCCGAAGCGUUUCGAAGUGGCCAGUGGCCUCAUGCUCUCCGAGACGCAGGUGAAAAUCUGGUUCCAAAAUAGACGUAUGAAAUGGAAACGCUCGAAGAAGGCGCAGCAGGAGGCGAAGGAACGUGCCAAACAACAACAGCAACAACAACAACAACAGAAUGCAAACAAUAGCAGUUAGUUGCUGACCGAUGCGAUAAUUCUGCCAAAAGGCAUACACGAUCCGGUUCAUUAUGCCAAAUAUCCAGCUAACGGUACGCACGAUAGCAACACUGCCAACAGCCACCAUCCAAGCAUUGACUCCGCCAUCAGUCAUGGUGCUCGUAAUUAUAAUUCUAGUCAAACACAUGCGUCGGCCAACGAACUUGCAGCAAUGUAACAAUGCAUUCGGCUAAUCGCAGGUUGUUGUUGUGCGGAUAGCGCUUACACAUUUGCCGCAGAAGCUGUCAUAGUUACUGCUGUUGUUGUUGCUACCGUCGUCCAUUGCCGUUGGACGUGCAGCGGCGCUUGGCGUUGGCUUACUGUUUGCUUUGUAAUUAGUCCGAUUGCGCCGAUAUACGUCCGUGUCAAAAAUACACGAGCGUGGGUAUGUGUAUGCGAGAGGUGAGAUAUGAGACGUGAAGACGUAUGCGCUUAUUUGAUUAUGCUCACAAUUCAAUAUUUUGAAAAAGAAGCGGAGAAGAAGUAUCUUAAAGUCAACGCAUAUAUAUGUGUGUGUGUGUGUAUGUCGAAUUUGGUUGAUUUCGUUCGGCGGAAGCACGAAUGGUACUUUCGUUAACAACAAAUUGCAUUGUGUGAUACGACAAAUUAUAGUAUUUAUUGAAGAAAGAACGAGGUGUAUUUUGUAAAUAGCUAAGUGUAUAUGGUAUUGUAAUUGUAAUUGUAAUUAUGUAAUUGUAGAGAAUUUUACUAUAAAACAACUUGAAAUAUAACAC